GUCGAUAUAUAGCUUGAUCGCAACAAUGCCGCAGAUAUUCAGAAGUACUGGUCGCUGCUGAGGGUGGCGUCUGGAAAAUCGACAAGAUGCACCGUUGCUAACUCUGUAUCCACGGCUCGCAUCUCAGACAUGUUUGGCGGCCAACUGCAAAGCACGGUCGAGUGCCAGACUUGCCACUACAAGUCCGUGACCUUCGAGACGUUUUGGGACUUGUCGCUUCCGAUACCGACGUCGUCUUCGGACCUCCGAAGCUCUGUGUCCCGGAUGUCCAAACAGCCGUGCAGGCUGCAUGACUGUCUCACCGAGUACUCCAAGGAAGAGAUGCUUGAGGAGCCGUACAAAUGUGAAAAAUGCAAGAAGCCCAACAAAGCGACGAAGCGGAUUACAAUCUUUCGGUCUCCGGAGAUCCUCGUCCUGCAUCUCAAGCGGUUCUCGUACACCAUGUACAGCCGGGACAAGAUCGAGACGUGUGUGGCAUUCCCGGUGCGAAAUCUCUCGAUAGAGUUUAUGCUGAGCGACAUCUCGCCGUUCAAGGACGACGCCCAGUCGUACGACCUGUUUGCCACCUCAAACCAUAUGGGCGGACUCGGUGGCGGUCACUACAUUGCGUACACGAAAAACAUCGAUACGGAGGCGUGGUAUCAGAUGAACGACAGCAAAGUUUCUCCCAUGCCGGGGGACGGCCCGGGUGCCAACUUGGGAUCGAGCACCUAUGUACUGUUUUACCAAAAGCAAAGGGCAUCGAAGCGGGAGAGCAUCGACUGAUGCAAUUUCUUGCCUGGACGGAUGGGGUGGGAACACGAGGCGAAUACAACAGAC